AUGAUGCACAAACACGAUACGCACCAAAGGGCACCAUCGUCUCUGUUCUUCGUUCCCUCCCUCCCUCCUCCUUGGUUUCUCCUUCUUCACAAUCCUCUUCGUCUUCCUCUUCCACUUCCCUUCUCUCUCUCCGUCUCUCCGGCGAAGAUCUCAGGCAUCGCGGCAACUGCUCGUUGGGACUAGAAUUUCUCCCCAAUUUCUCGCGACUCGUUCUAAGUCCAAGCCAUGAAUCCCGAAUAUGACUAUUUGUUUAAGCUUUUGCUGAUUGGAGAUUCCGGUGUCGGCAAGUCAUGUCUACUUCUGCGGUUUGCUGAUGACUCAUACUUGGAUAGCUACAUCAGCACAAUUGGAGUUGACUUUAAAAUUCGCACUGUAGAGCAGGAUGGGAAGACUAUCAAACUUCAAAUUUGGGAUACUGCUGGCCAAGAACGUUUUAGGACAAUUACUAGCAGCUACUACCGUGGUGCUCAUGGUAUCAUUGUUGUUUACGAUGUCACAGACCAAGAGAGCUUCAACAAUGUUAAGCAAUGGCUGAAUGAAAUUGACCGAUAUGCAAGUGAAAAUGUGAACAAGCUUCUAGUUGGAAACAAGUGCGAUCUAACAGCAAAUAAAGUUGUAUCCUAUGAGACAGCCAAGGCAUUUGCAGAUGAAAUUGGAAUCCCGUUCAUGGAAACAAGUGCUAAGAAUUCCACUAAUGUUGAGCAGGCCUUCAUGGCUAUGGCUGCUGAGAUCAAGAACAGGAUGGCAAGCCAACCGAUGAACAACGCCAGGCCUCCAACGGUGCAGAUUAGGGGACAGCCUGUGAACCAAAAGUCUGGUUGCUGCUCUUCUUAGAGGGGGGAAAAGUAAUUGGUGGAGCGGGGGAAAUGAUGAUUAUCCGGUGUUCCUCGUGGCAUGUAAAACUAGUUGUUUCAUCAUAACGUUUUGAUAAGAAGAUUAUUCGUCAUGAUUCUGUUCUUGUCAGUUGUCAGCACUUUGUUAAAGAUUCCAUUCUUUUCAAUGUAUUUGUUUUCGAAAACUUUGUACAAAAAUUAGGAAUAUUGGUGAAUAGCAGUAUUUGCCUUGUUCUGUUCCCCAAAAUGUGAAAGAUGCAUGAUUUUAUUUUCCAUUGUU